AUGACAACUGCGAGGCCGAAAAAAGUUCCACAGGAGCAUAAAUCAUCAUCGAGGCUGAAUCAAAAUGAAAACGCGCGAGUUCACAAAAAGCUGGAAAUAAAGCAACUAGCUCUACAAACUGCAGUUGCCCAAAUUCUCCGCGCAGAUCGAAACAGCUGGGCGAAAGUCGCCGUCGGAGCGCUGGUCAUCGUCAAGGAUUCCAGACGAAGAGGCUAUUUUCUGUCUCUUUACUCGCUUUUGCAGCACGAUUCAAAGCCGCUCUGGGAAGAGGAAAUUUACGAUGACAUGAAUAUCCAAAUGACGAGGAAUUUCUUUUUGCAGUUUUCUGGCCGAGAUUGUCAGAUGGGCAUCAAUUUCGCCGAUGAGAGUGAAGCACAAGUCGCGCUCGAGAUCAUCAAAGAGAAAGCGGCGAAAUUCAAGGCGCGAAAAGCUACUGGACUCGUCGUCAAGACGAUUAACGAGCCGCCCCAUGUAAGCUCGAACAUGGGCAACUCGAGCAGCUACUUUUCUCAAAGCGUGAGCAGCGGCCAACUGCACCAUGGCUCGCAGCAGAGUUUGGACUCCGGAAUAGACACCAGCACCAGCAACAUGCGUGGGAAGAAGAAGGGAAAGCUGACGAAGCUCGACAUCUCUGGGCCGGUAGAGAAUUCUUUCAAGCAUUUGAACGGAGUGAAUAUUGGACCUGACGGAAGAAUGAAGAAGAUAGGAAAUGACCAAGAAGAAGUGGUAAGAUUGCUGCGAGAAAUGAACUUUGCGAACGAGCGCGACAUCAACGAAAUGAUGAAGAACGAUCAGCAAAGGAAGCAAAUUUAUCAAUUCAUCGACGAAAAAGGAGGACUCGAAAGCGUUCAGCGAAAGCACCGCGCUCAAAGUGUGAAGCAACCAGCUCCUCAGGUCGAGAUUGUAAAUCGAAAGUUUGAUUUUGCUAGUUGUACCGCUCUGAAACAGGUUCCUUCGGGCUUUUCGGCGCGCCCAGCACCACCAAUUGAAGCACAUCGAAAUAUCAAUUCGAAUUUUCCGAAUUAUCCUUCGAAUCAGUUGAAAUCGCCACCACAGCUCCCUCCACAUGUAGAUCAUAAACCCGCUCUCCCAGUUCGACGAGAGUCUAUUCACAGACCUCAGCAGAAGGGAUUUCCGAAGCCACCUCCUCAAGUUCAACCCCACGGUUCGCCAAGCGGUUCAAGAGCAACUCAUGGAAAGAAACCGCCUCCGCCUCCAAACGCCAGGAGACCUCCAGGACCACCUCCAAUCAAUUCGAAGCCCCCACCAACCUUUACUCCCCCAGCUCCUCCAUCGAACUUCGGAGGCCCUCCACCGCCACCUCCGCCCAGUGGUGGUCCUCCUCCUCCACCAGCACCUCCAGCUGCUGGCGGUGGCCCUCCACCUCCCCCUCCUUCGAGUAUGAAGCCAACCGGCGGCGGUGGACCGCCUCCACCUCCUCCUCAAAACAAUAAACCACCAGCAGAUGAAGGUCGAAACGCUCUGCUUCAAAGUAUUCAAGGAAUGAGUGUGAAUAAACUGAGACCAGUGAGCUCUGAAGUCACGAAGGAUCCCUCUCCAAGAGCAUCUGUCUCAGAACCAUCCAUCGUGGAUCAACUCGCGGAGAGACUAAAAAUGAUGAGGCCAGCAGUCGGCGGCUCGGACGACGAAGACGACUCCGACAACGACUCGGAAUGGGACGACUAA